AUGACGAUCUACAACUCGAUGUUCCUCGUGAAUAAGACCGACGAGGUCCGGCUGAUGAGGAAUAAAUUCCACGAGCUGGGGUUAAGGGACGAGGACUUCUUGGAGAAGAGCUGGAUCGCGUCCGUGAUGAUUCCCGCGUGGAAGCUCAGUUUCAAGGGGAAGUCGGAUAUGGUGAAAACCGCCAUCCCGAGAGCAGUGCUGAGGAAGCUGUGUGAAGCCGUGAAGCAGCAAAGCAUGUCGCUGGUGAUUCUGACGCCUUACGGAGGAAAAAUGGCGGAGAUUCCCAAGGACGCAACUCUUUUUCUGCACUGCGGCAACACGUUGUUCAUGGCGUACUACGUGUGGCAGUGGCCAACGGAAGGCAAGAGGCCCCAGAAGCAGGCCCAGAACGAAAACUGGGUGAGGGGGAUUUAUGAGACGAGUGUGUCGAGUUAUCCGAGAUGGGCGUACGUGAACUAUAGGGAUCUCGAUCCACGCGGUUCGAUUUUCCGGUGA